AGGAGACACAAACACAAACAGAGCAGCUUUACCAGCCAUAACAGUCAUGAGUUCAGCUCUGUAUCUGAUCCUGCUUUUCUCAGCUCUGUGGACUCUCUCCUUCUGUGGGACUCGUCAGUUUUAUGUGGUGAAUGUAAAUAAGAACUGGACCGACGCUCAGAAAUACUGCAGAGAGAAAUACACUGACCUGGCCACCAUUCAGAGCCAAGAGGAAAUGAACGCUCUAUUAGCUCUUGUCGGUGGGACAGCAGGCUUUUUCUGGAUAGGACUGAGGCAGAAAGUUCAACAGAGCACAACUAGCUGGAUCUGGUCAGAUGGGAGUAACUCCUCGUACAGAUACUGGAACACUGGAGAGCCAAACGGUGGUGUGGGUGAUCUCUGUGUGGAAUUAUCAUAUUACUCUGCAUAUUACCCUGCAUACAGAUGGUAUGAUUCAGACUGCAGUUCUCAAAAAACAUUCAUCUGCUAUAAAGACCUUCCACUCAUCCUGAUUAAGCAGACCAAGACGUGGAGAGAAGCUCUGAGAUACUGCAGAGAGAAUCAUGUGGAUCUCGUUUCUGUUCACACUGAGAAAAUUCAGAAUUGGGUGGAAACAGCUGUUUAUUAUGCCUCCACUGCUAAUGUGUGGAUGGGUCUGCGUCACACCUGUGCUCAGAGCUUCUGGUUCUGGGUGAGUGGAUCGGCUAUAUGUUACCAGAACUGGGCUCCGGGGAACGGGACAGGGGUGGAAGACUGCAGUGGAGGAGAAAGAUCAGGAGCGGUGCAGUCUGGAAGUAAGAAGUGGGUCAGUCUGCCAGAGAAUCAGAGACUCAACUUCAUCUGCACCACCUCUGAGGAGCUUUAGAGGAUUCAGGCAGCCACAUAUGAAGCUGGAUCUACAUACUUUACUCCACAGUGGACUUUUUACUGAAUUUGUCUGCUUUCUGUGAUAUGUUAGCACAUUCAUUAAAUCCAUAAACAAUCCAUAAAAAAUCUUUUCAAAAACAUCCUAAUAUUUAGCAGCUUCACAAAUCUCUUAACG